GCGUACGAUGACGUUUGUGUGAAAAGAAAUAUAGGAAAUGUUCAGACCACGUGACUUACCCAUAAUCCUGCGCGUACGCGUUUGCAGCGUUCAAGAUGGCGACCAGCAUACCACCUUUGUCAGUCAGAGCUAUGCUCUCAGUGCGAAAAUGGUAUUAUAACCUGAGUGGUUUCAACAAACUGGGUCUGAUGUAUGAUGAUACAAUCUAUGAGGAUACAGAUGUGAAAGAAGCUCUGAGGAGGCUUCCUGAGACAGCAUACAAUGAUAGGAUUUUCAGGAUAAAGAGGGCGCUGGAUCUGUCCAUGAAGCAACAGAUUCUUCCAAAAGAACAGUGGACUAAAUUUGAAGAGGAUUUCCGCUACCUGACACCGUAUGUAACGGAGGUGAUCCGUGAACGGAAGGAAAGGGAAGAGUGGAUGAAGAAAUAAAAUUCUUCCUCCUAAAUGUUGUUAAUCCGUGUUGUCCAUCAACGCAUCCUUGUCUGCUGGUGGAAUAUUUAAAUGAAAAUGACUUAUAUAAGACAAUAAAAAAUAUGAAUUUCCAAAAAACC